CCCGCGCGGUGCGCCCUGGGAUAGACUGGCGCUCGAAGCAAAAUGAAUGGCGCUGCAUGAGGCCAUACGAGGCCGGCGCAUGUGCGGCGAGAGGGCGACCACAUUGAUCCGCACGACGCGACACGAAGGACGUGCACAUGCACGAUGUCGAUAACGUUGGUUGAUGAACAGCAUCGUAUAUAUACCACGAAGCGCGCCCCAGGCGGCCUCUCCGAGCCUCCUCGGACUGCCCACUGCCCUCCCCCGUCUCCGUCAUGGUUUACGGGAUGUCCCUCGCGCGCCUUGCGCUUGCUGGUGCUCUCGCCGUGGGCGUCGCCCAGGCUCGCCUCCCCAAGCCCCCGGGUGUCAUCAAGCCUCCUGGUGUCCCCAAGCUUGAGGUCGCAGAGGUCGGCCCGAUCCACAGCCGCAACGGGACGGAGCUGCCGCCGUACAACACCACGUACUACUUCGACCAGCUCAUCGACCACAAUGACCCGUCGAAGGGCACGUUCAAGCAGCGAUACUGGCACACCUACGAGCACUACAAGGAGGGUGGCCCGGUCAUCAUCAUGACUCCGGGCGAGGGCAACGCCGAUGGUUACUGGAGCUACCUCACCAACAGCUCCAUCAAUGGACUGCUUGCGGAGCAGGAGAACGCGACUGCCAUCGUGAUUGAGCACCGCUUCUAUGGCGAAUCCAACCCCCUCCCGGAUCUUUCCUCCGAGAGCCUCAAGCUGCACACGAUUCAGCAGGCGAUCGACGACCUCAAGUACUUUGCCGAGAAUGUCGUACUCCCCAUGCCGAAUGGCGACCAGCUCACGCCGGACAAGGCCCCUUGGGUCAUGAUGGGCGGCUCGUACUCGGGCGCGCUCACCAGCUGGGUCAUGACCAACACCGACUUCAUUUGGGCUGGUUAUGCGAGCUCCGCGGUCGUGGAGGCCAUCACCGACUUCUGGAAGUACUUCGAGCCCAUCCGCCAGAACAUGCCCCAGAACUGCUCCGCGGACGUGCAGGCCGUUAUUACCUACAUCGACGACAUCGCAGCGAAGAACGACACGGACGCCCUCAACAAGAUUGCUGACGACUUCGGCCUCAGCGACAUUGCCGACCACUUCGACGAUGUCGUCGGAACGCUCCGGUACAACCUGUGGGACUGGCAGAGUCUUUCCAUCCUGACCGGCCCGGACGGCGCGUUCUACCAGUUCUGCGACGCCCUCGAGGUGAAGGAUAACGGCGACGUUGCCCCCGAAGCGGGCUGGGGCGUUGACCACGCAUAUGCUGCCUGGUCCUCGUACUUCAAGAACCAGUACAUCGACGACUACCUUAGCAGCGGUGGCUACGACAGCGUGUUUGACGCGUUCGACACCUAUGACGCCAACCGUACUUUCUGGACUAGCACGGAGGUCGACAACAGCUACCGCUCCUGGCAGUGGAUUGUCUGCAAUGAGGUCGGAUACAUCCAGGAUGCCGCACCAGAGGGCGAGCCGUCGCUCAUCUCGCGCAUCGUCAACCCUGCGUACGACCUGCGCCAGUGCGUUAACUUCUUCCCCGACUACUUCCCCGAGACGCCCGUCCCCAACGUGAACGCGACGAACACCGCGUACAAGGGCUGGGACGUCCAGGAGGACCGCCUCUUCUUCGCCAACGGCAUCAAGGACCCCUGGCGUGAGGCUACCAUGUCCGCGGAGGGCGUGACGACGAAGAGCACCGACCGCCAGCCCAUCAAGAUUGGCGACGGCAUUCAUUGCUCAGACCUCAGCGCGAAGGCCGGCAAGGCCGACGAGACCAUCCGCGCCGUGCAGGAGUCCGCCUUGCAGUACCUGCACACCUGGAUCGGGGAGUGGAAGACGGAGAAGGCGAAGCGGGCAUGAGGGAGACGGGAUGACCUAUCAUUGACUGGUCUGUGGGGUCACUCAGAGUGUAUACCUUCACGAUACUUACGCUGAUCCUGAUAAUGAGCGGGUAUGAGAUGAAGUCAACGUC